CAGCCCACCGGCCCCAGCCAAUCGCAUAAAGUUCAAUAUAGAAAGCUAGGGUUCAGAACAAAUUCGCGAUUAAUUCUCUCAAGCUCUUCAAUUCAUCCGAUCAGGUUAGGCAAAUUGGAAGAAAGGUGCUGGAUGAUACAAAAUGGCUGAGAUAAAGUCAUCCGGGAGGUCGAUUGAUCAAUUGCUGGAGAAGGUCCUGUGCAUGAAUAUACUUUCUUCUGAUUACUUUCGAGACCUCUUGAGGUUGAAAACAUACCAUGAAGUGAUUGAUGAGAUUUAUGUCACUGUCACACAUGUGGAGCCAUGGAUGACUGGUAACUGCCGGGGACCAUCAACUGCAUUCUGCCUUCUGUACAAAUUCUUCACCAUGAAGCUCACGGUGAAACAGAUGCAUGGCCUGUUGAAGCACCAAGAUUCCCCUUACAUAAGAGCAAUUGGGUUUCUCUACUUAAGGUACGUUGCAGAUCCAAAGACAUUAUGGAGUUGGUACGAACCAUACCUGAAAGAUGACGAGGAAUUUUCCCCUGGUUCGAAUGGCCGAAUGACUACAAUGGGCGUCUACGUGCGCGAUUUGCUACUCGGACAGUACUACUUCGACACACUCUUCCCGCGCAUUCCUGUGCCCGUCAUGCGAACAAUAGUCUCCAACCUCGAGAGCAUGAAGCUCCCCACCAAGCACUGCGGAGUCACAGGCGAGACCACCCGCGGCUCCGAAGAGACAGCUCGUCGGCCCCCUUCCGUCAAGGCCGCCCUCUCCGUCUCCUUCGGGCAGCGGGCCCCACACCGCGCCUCCACCCGCGACUCGUCUCCAGUCAGGCGCCACAGAAGCCAGAGUCGAGAUUUACCCGACCGCGAAUACGAAAGAGAAAGGGACAGAGAUCGAGAGAGAGAAAGGAACAGAGAUCGAGAUCGAGAUCGUGAGAGAGAUAGGAGGUAUGAUUAUGAUAGAAGGUCUCGGGAUAGGCACUAUUAUGACCGUGAGGACCGUUAUCGCCGGAGUAGAAGCCGGAGUCGAAGCCGGAGCCGGAGCAUAUAUGAAAGUGAGCAAAGCCGUUCGAGUCCGUCUAGGAAUGGGGAUAAGGACAAGGAUAGGACAUCUGCUGCUAGUAAUCUUGCUAAGCUUAAGGAUUUAUAUGGAGAUUUGAGCGGGAAAAAGGAGGAUAUGAGCAAGGAUAAGGGCACAAGUCAAGCGGGUGGUACGGAGGAGGUGAUCAGGCUAGGUGGCUCGACUUGGAGGUAGGGUGAGAGAUUUUAUUAAGUUGACUUUGUCAACGGUUUAGUUAUUGUUUUGUACUUUCUAUGUGUUUUUGAAUUCUGGCUCGACAUUUGGGGAUGAAUUGUUGUUAUGAUUGUAUGGGCGAAGGUAUGUUGUUAUACGAAUCGAUAACUGGGUUUGCAGUUAUGGUUUUUAUGUGUACAUUUAGAUACUGUUAUUCUGAGAAUGGUGAUAUGGGAGAGAUGAAUCAUGGGCUUUUUAAUUUGAUAAACGAAAUGGUGGUGGUAUAUGUUAACAGAUAAUUCAG